GAUGGCCGGAAGUCUGGGGGUGGGGCCCGCUCGGAAAGAGCGGGAAGCUCAGGGCGCUUCUGAGCACGCGCGAGGCGUCGUCGCUCGCGCUGAGGAGGUCUUCCUGGGACGCGACCCUGGCCUCUGCUCCGAGAUCCCCGACCGCACCUUGGAGAAGAUGAACUGUGAGAUGGGCGGCCACCAAGUGAAAGUGUUUGGGAGAGCAAUCCAUGCUUUGGCUCGAAUUAGUGAGGAACUGUGGCUUGACCCGACUGAAAGAGGUCUUGCUCUUCGGUCUGUGAAUUCUUGUAGAUCAGCUUAUGCAAGUGUUUUAUUCCCAACUUCAUUCUUCCAACUGUAUCAGUGGUCAGCUACGCUUCAAAUAUGUGACAGUAACAUGCCAUUGCAUCUAAAAUGUAAAUUAGGAAUGAAGUCAGUUCUGCCCAUAUUUAGAUGUCUGAAUAUACUUGAAAGAAAUGUAGAAAAGUGCAGUAUUUUUACGAGUGCUAAUACAUGCCGUGUGAUUUUUCAACUCUUCUGCAAACAUGGUAUUAUAAAAACUCAUAAUCUGUCUUUCCAAGAAUCUGAGCCUUUACAAGCUGUUUUUGCAAAGAAUAUGUGUCCUAAUAUAUUGAAAGUUCAGUCAAGGUUGUUGGCUGAUAUAAUGAUUCAUUUUCCACUGAGUCAAGAAGAAAUUACUUUAGCUGUGACACCAAUGAAAGUUUGCUUUAAGAGCUAUAUUGAGGAUGAAAUAGAUUUUGCCAAGUGUAUGUACACUGAAAUGCAUCUCGAUCCUGAUGAAUUUGACUACUUUCAAAUUGGAGUUGACACUGAAGUAACAUUUUGUCUUAAAGAACUGAGGGGACUGCUGGCAUUUUCAGAAGCUACAAUUGCUCCUGUGUCUAUUUAUUUUGAUCUUUCUGGAAAGCCUGUGGCUUUCAGCAUUGAUGAAAUGGUCUUAGAAGCCACUUUUGUUUUGGCUACGUUAGCUGAUGUUCAAAGUAGUCGAUCUUCUCCAAGUUCACUGUGCCUUUCACAAAGACUGAAAAGGUCAGAUCUGAUGAAGUCAAAGGCAGACGCUGGAGACGAUCUGACAAACACAGAAAAGGAGUCGAGCACAGUCAGAGCAGCAUCCAAGAGGCCCUCACGCCAUGAGAGACAGCUCGACGCCACUGAAUUAGAAAGUUUUUAUGUUCCUGCAGUGAAAAGACUGGACACGCACAUUGCUGAAGCAACAGAAAACUACCAAGUCUAUAGUAAGUUUUGUUCUCUGUUCUUUGGAGCAGUUUCACCUAAGCAACAUGACUUCAACCACCCAUGGAUCAAUCUGGCAACAGUGAGUGACAGUGAAGAAGAUGUUAGUAAUGGUCCACUAUCUCAAGUCUUCUAAUGUUUAAUGGUGGCUCCAGAAGCUUGGCUUCCAGACUGUCGACUAGAUGACCCACCACUCAAACGUGCAUCUGUAUAAUGAGUUCCUAUACAUGUUGUCUGUUUACAAGAGAACCCCCUAAGGGGUUCAGAGUACUUGGUUAUAAGAGCAUUGAAAAUGUCACUUUAAAUAGCAACUGUUAUUAAAUGUGUUUGGUUGU